AUGUUCAAAUCGUGUGUUCUUUUCGCCGUCCUCGCUUUGGUCGCCUGCGCUUCAGCUAAGCCCGCCGUCGUCACUUAUAGCGCUCCAGGUGUGGUGACCGCUCAGAGCUCGCAGUACAUCGCACGCAAUUACAAUGGUGUUGCUGCUGCCCCUGUCGUCGCCGCUGCUUACACCGCACCCGCAGUAGCUGCCGCUCCCGUGGCCGCCGCAUACAGUGCCCCAGUAGCCGCUGCUUACACCGCCCCCGUUGCCGCUGCUUACAGCGCCCCAUUUGCUGCCGCUUACAGUGCCCCCGUUGCUGCUGCUUACAGCGCUCCAGUCGCUUCGUACGCAUCUUACUACCCCUACAUCGGCGCUUACACUGUAGCAUACUAA